CCCAGACAAGCCAACACUUUCCCUGCACACACUGCCGUGGAUUUAGCAAGUUUGCUCCACUUAUAUGCGUUUGCGUGUGCGCGGUGGGCCCCCCGGCUAUACUGAGCCAUGUCUAUGCUGCCUUCCUUCGGCUUCACUCAGGAGCAAGUGGCCUGUGUGUGUGAGGUGCUGCAGCAGGGAGGCAACCUGGAGAGACUGGGCAGGUUCUUAUGGUCCUUACCGGCCUGUGAUCACCUGCACAAGAACGAGAGCGUCCUGAAAGCGAAGGCGGUGGUGGCGUUUCAUAGAGGCAACUUCAGAGAACUCUACAAGAUCCUGGAGAGUCACCAGUUCUCCCCGCACAAUCACCCCAAACUGCAGCAACUCUGGCUCAAGGCUCACUAUGUGGAGGCCGAGAAACUGAGGGGGAGACCCCUGGGGGCGGUGGGCAAGUACAGGGUCAGGAGGAAAUUCCCACUGCCCAGGACAAUCUGGGAUGGAGAAGAGACCAGUUACUGCUUUAAGGAGAAGUCCCGAGGGGUGCUGAGAGAAUGGUAUACCCAUAACCCCUACCCGUCUCCCAGGGAGAAGCGCGAACUGGCCGAGGCCACUGGACUAACCACCACCCAGGUCAGCAACUGGUUCAAGAACAGGAGGCAAAGGGACAGAGCUGCGGAGGCUAAAGAGAGGGAAAACACAGAAAACAGUAACACGUCGAGCAACAAACAGAACCAGCUGUCGCCGUUAGACGGAGGAAAGUCGCUCAUGUCCAGUUCAGAAGAUGAAUUCUCUCCCCCACAAAGUCCCGAUCAGAACUCGGUGCUCCUGUUACAGGGAAGCCUCAGCCACCCCGGGGCCACUUCUUACUCCCUGAGUCACGGCUUACAGGUCCACCAGCACCAGCACCAGCUGCAGGACUCUCUGCUCGGGCCCCUCACCUCCAGCCUUGUGGAUCUGGGGUCUUAGAGCGACCGGGAGCAGCCAGGGACUGCACUCUAUUUGUACAUAGCAAAGCCCUCUCAUCUCAAGCUUCUUAACCCUGUGCAAACUGACACUUUUUAUACUUCUCUUCGCUCCAAUCAACCCCACCGCGCAGACAGCAGCACCUGCAGCGCUAAUUGCUCUUACACUACACCCUCUCCCCCAAAUUGCUCUAACGAAAUACUGUAUAGGAGAAACCACAAGGAUAUAUCUGUGUCUUAUUUAUGAACAUUCCCCCCCCCCAACAAUGUGGUUCAACAUGAGGAAUUUGGAGAGAACAAUUGCGCAGCUAUUUAUUUGGAGGCGCAAACUUGACAUUUCUCCCCUCCCCACAUUUAGUGUUGAAAGAAGAUUGCAAAGUAGUUUAUAAUAAAAAUACAAUAUUAGAAAGCACAAA